AUGGAACUGCAGCUAAAUACGCGAUCAAAAAUCUUGUUGAAUGGAAGAGAAAACCUACCUAUUGAUCUCGUUAUGGAAAUACUUUCGAGACUGCCUUUAAAGUCUAUUGGGAGAUGUUGUUGCGUAUCAAAGCUGUGGGCCUCCAUUCUUGGACUUCCCUAUUUCCUAGAUUUAUUUGCCACUAGAUCUUCAGCUCGGCCUCAUAUGUUGUUCGCCUGCAGGCGAGAUGGCAAGGUCUUAUUCUUCUCGGCACCUCAACCUCAAAAUUUUGAUGUCAACUCCUCGUCUGAUGUAACCGCCAAUUAUCUUUCACGUGUUUCCUACGAUGGUUCUUACUGUUACAUUAGUGGUCCUGUCCACGGCUUGGUCUGUCUUACAUUUAAAGAUAAUAAGGAGUCCUCAAAGGGACAUAUAAUAUGUAACCCUAGCACGGGACAAACUUUAACCUUACCCCAACUCGAAAGUAUGGUUGGGGUGAGAAGCCCUUAUAAGGCGAUAAGCCUUUUGUGGUAUGAUCCUACUGAUAAAAAAGGUAAGGUAUUGUUCAUGGAAGAGGACGUAGACCAUUCUAUCUCCCUUGUUGUUUUGAAGCAUAAAGUUAUGACUUUAGGAACUCAGAAACUUGAAUGGAGAAGGACCAAGUGUUGCAUACCCCAUUAUUCUUAUGUAAAAGGGAUAUGCAUUAAUGGUGUUUUGUACUAUCGAUCUGUUCGUGCGUAUACACAUGAUUCUGUAAUAGUUUGCUUUGACGCUAGGUCCGAGGAGUUCAGUUUUAUUGAAGUGGAAACGACUUUCAAGGUACCACUAAUUUGCGGACAAUAUAUAAACUACAAUGGCAAGUUUGGCUUACUUCUCUCCCAAGGGUGGGACUACGCUGAUGAAGCAAGUAGCAGUUUUGAGUUGGUGGUUAUAGGCGAUUCUGAAAACCAGGAGUGGUCGACGCGUAAAUACGUGUUGCCUCCUACGUGGAAGAAUAUGGUUAAAGAAAAGUUGGGCUUUGUUGGAUUUAUUGGUACACAUACGAUCGUGUUGACGCACCCUUCUUCCUACAUUAUCUACUACAAUAUCGAGAAAAAUACUAUCGUAAAAGUUAGUAUCCAAGGGUUGGAUGGGUUUAAGUGCUUCGAAGUUUUAACCUUUGUGGACUAUGUAGAGGACCUUAGAGCUUGAAAGUUUUGUUACAAAUCUGG